AAAUGAAUAUGUCGACAUCUAAGAUACAUGCAAAGGCUCCUAAGAUACAUGUGGACUAUGCCACUGCAGAUGAUGAAUGGAAGAUGGAGGUUGCACCAGAAAUAUUUGCUAAGGGAUUUCCAUGCCAACAAAUCAAUGCUUUAACAAUUCUAAAAGAGGCUGAAUGGUGUUAUGAAAAAGACAAAGUCUUAGAUAUAGGAUGUGGUAUAGGACGUGUCACCAGGGAAGUUCUACUCACUGAUCAGAUAGAACAGAUCACAGCAUUUGAUAUUAUUCCAAGCUAUAGUAAAUAUGCAAAAGAGCAGAAUUCCCAUGAGAAGAUCACUUUCAUGCAGCUUGAUGCUGGUCAUGAUUGGCCAGAUAAGUGGAAAGGAACAUUUGACAAGGUGUUCUCAAAUGAAUGUCUGAACAUGGUGACUGACCAGGAAAAACUUGUGAAGCAGAUAUUCAACACUUUGAAGCCAGGGGGAGAAUUCGCAGCUUCCUAUUUCCUUCGAGUUGAUGCUUUUCAAAUUGCAAUUCUUACGCUAAUGGCUCAGACAAAAUGGCAGAAAUAUUUCAGUGAAGAUUCUGACGCUGUGGAAAAAGCAAUGGAAACUGCUGAAAGCUGUCCAUGGACAGAUGAAAACACAUUUGCGAAAUUUCUAGAAAACGCAGGCUUCAAUGUGAAAAAAUGUCAGAAGAUUCAAACUUGGUACCGUCCAAAUGAUUACUUAGAAUGGGUCCAGUUCUGUGGGGAGGCUUACUCAAGGUUCUAUCAACAAAUCCCUUAUGAUCGUCAAAAUGAGUUUGCAAAAGAAUUGCUACCCAUUAUAUUGGACAUUGAGAACAAGAAGUUAGAUAAACUAUCGGAUAAAGAAAGAAGAGAAUACGGAAUUGAAGAGGGAAGUAAGGAUUACCAGUGCACUGAAAUGCUCAUACUGCAUUGUGAGAGGCCACUUCAAUAAAGUGAUACUUUCAUUGGAAGUUCAUCAUGAAUACCAUUAUUUAGUGCACUUGACUUUCAGUCUUAAAACACUUAACUAGACUCAAAAAGUUGAACACCUUGAAAGGAAAAUAAAGUAUUGGGUAGAUGACAUUAAACUUGGUUAUCAGUGCACGGUGCCGCAUUGUAGGUGAUUUCUAGCAAUUUUAUCAAAAUAUCUAGUAAAGUAUUUAGAAGGAAGCACGUCAGUACACUCUA